CCAAUCACCCAUACUUUAGCAUGCCUCCAUCCACUUCUCCCCACUCUCGCUCCCACCGCUAUCCCUAGUCCGUCGCUCCUUCUGUCAAACAUGGCAUUCCUAUCUCCUUCUCUGCUCUCACCUUCCAACUCUCUGUUUUAUCGCACAUGUCGCAAUCCUUGCAAUCGCCACUCUCAUCAGCUCUCGACGAGCCAACAAGAACGCAGCGUCUCCCUCUCCCGCGCCAGAUAAGCGUGGCUCCGUCUGAUAGACAUGGGAAAUUGCAGCAAAGCGCAACCCUCGACGACACGUAAAUGUGACUCGCAAGACCAAGACGCCUCACGAGAAGGGCGAUUUCGUCACCGCUCGUCCGCGUCUUGCCUUGCCGCAGAUAAUUGCAAUGACAAUCGGCCACUCCUAUCUCGUAUCUGUCUGUCGAGACGCUCCCGGUCUCUUGAACAUCGAACCGGCCCUUGUUUGAGCACGUCGGGUCUAUCCUCUCCCGUCGAGUUAAUGUCCGAUCUUGUUUGACCCCGUUGCACAGCCGCGCCCCACUCACAGCUCGACGUCGUCAAGCCCGAUGGUCCUCCACACUUUGCCCAGCCCUGUCUGCAUCGUCACGCGUCGCUCGCGCUUUCUAGGAAAGUGUACCACCACGCUCCUACUCGGACCCUUUAGCUACAACCCCAACCCUAGCCAUAACGUCGUGUGGAAGCACGUCUCCGCAAGCACCAACAACUCGCACGUUCCCCUCCGUUCGCGACUUGCCGCAUUACCGCCCCACCGGGCAGCCCGGACCAAACGUAUCCCUAGACAGGUUUCGUGGACGGUACCACCCGACUUCUUUCGCCCUCUUCCACUGGCACUGUUCCCGACAGGGCGGCCCCCGCAGAAAGCAGCACUCCCCUGGUCAAAAAUGGACGCCGUCGGCACGACGUUUUCGUCCUCCCAGGCUCCCACUGGCAAAGCACAUUCGGCGCAUCCAGGCACGUCAUAGACCCG